UAUGAUGGUUUGGAUGGAUUUUUGGGGAUUAGUGUUUUCAGAUGAAAUGGCACUCUACUGUGGUACCGAUGUUUUCUUCAGAAGAGAGAGUUAUAGCCCCGCCUAAUCUUUCGAUAAGCAUCUUGCAGAUGGUGAGACCUAGUCCACAACCAGUCCUGUUCCUGUUAUUGUUGGAGCUAAGUUUGCCGAAGAGCUUGAAGAGGGCCCUUUGGUCCUCUUCUGAUAUACCAACUCCUGUGUCUAUUACUUUGAAAGCGAUCAUCAUUGAAUCGGUGAAGUCUGACUCUUCGUUAGCAUUACUGUUGAAUCUGGACCUUCGAGUGUGGAAUAGGUAUUUCGAUCAGUCAUUUUUGGUCUGAGAGCUAUCAGGCAACUCUGAAAGCAAAUCUAGAGAAUAAGUUAUUAGUAAAAUACCUAAAGCUUCAUCAGAGAUAUUGUGUUUAUCAAACUUUACUUCCUCAUAAGAUUUUGAUUCUUCAAAGUUUUUAGAUUCUUCAUAGAUAGAAACUCUUCUUUGGUCUAGCUUUUCAUAAACCUCAAUGGUGAUAGAGCCUCUGUCCGUGAAUUUUAGAGAAUUUGACACCAGAUUCACGAUGACUUGCUUCAAUCUUCCUUUAUCUGAUAAGAUUGGCAGAUCUUUAAUUUUCUCUUGUAUUUUGAUGUUGAACUCAAGUCCUUUCCCAUCCAUUUGCAGCAUAAAUAUUUCUUGGAUAUCUUGAAUGCAUUGAGCCAUUGUGAAGACUUGGUUAUUUACUUGGAAGACUCCUGAAGCUAUCUUGGCAUGAUCCAAGAUGUCCUCUACUAACAUUCUUAGAAUACUUCAGGAGGAUGAGGCAAUCUGGACAAAGCGGUUGUUCUUGCCGUACUCUUCAGUUUUCAUUAAUUCCAGAGAGCCAAUGAUUGAGUUCAGAGGGGUCCUAAACUCGUGGGAAACAUUGGCUAGCAUCUGGCGCUGAUAAUAAUUUUGAGCCUUGGCCUCUUCAAGCUGACUAAUCUUAGUAGUAUCAAUAAACAUAUGAAUGCAUGAAGGAUCUUUUCCUGAAGUUGCAACUGCAUCUAAGAUUGUUGUUUUUAUAACAAAUUCACGAUGCUUUCUGUCACUCUCUCUUGUACAAAGCUGAUAUUUCAUGUGAAUCUUAGUCUCCUUGCAUCAAUGAAUGCCUUUGAUGAUUGAAUCACGCUCUUGUUGUAAAAACUGGGCUAGAGUUUGCUCUCCGUCUCUAUAAUCUCCUAAUUGAGGCAUUAGAAAGUCUUCAUCUUUUAUAAGGAAGCUUUCUGAUGAGGCCGGUUUAGCCUUAUUUCUAUGGAAAGCAUUAGUAUUUAUCCUCUUAACUAUGAAUUUGUCUAGUAAUUUAUGCAAGAAUUUAUUCUGAGGCUCAGAUCCUCUCUUAUUAGGGCUUGGGUAAGUCAAAGAGAGUCCUCUGAUAAUCUUUUCCAGCUCUUGAUUUGUUUUGGCUUGAAUCAGGGAGACUGCGUUUUUAAUUUCCUCAGACUUGUAAAAUCCGCUGAUUUCGAGAGUAUCCUUAAUCUUUGGGUUGAUAUAUUUGUAUUCAUUGUCUUUACUAGCGAUUAGUACUCCUUCUGGAAGUCUAUUGAGUACUUCUUUCUGACCUUUUAGUGCAUUCUUCUUGUUAUAGUUAGCAAUGAAUUCACUUUUCAAUGUAUUUGAGUAACAAUAGGAGCCGAAGAUAAAGAAGAAUAGCGCAUAAAUUGAACCGAGGUAGUAGAAGUCUGUGAGCACACCAAAUCUGCUUUGUAGUCUAAUAAGACCAUAGAGGCUCAGUCAUAACUGGUUGAUACAAGCCAUCUUCCAGUUUGUAGUCACUCAUGUGCUGAAAAUUAGUGCACAAACAAUUUGGAAGAGGUAUCCUUCGUUCAGUCUAAAUGUUAGAAAGAUUUUACCUAAAGUAUUCAAAGUAGACAUUAACUUCAGUCAAAUGGAUGUAAAUUAGUGAAGAUAUUAUGACUCCAGAAUAAUUCGCAAGCCAGUCAUUGCGCUUGAUCCCCUUUUCUAAGAGAUGAGUAAUGAUCAGUUCAACUACCAUUGCUGCUGCCCGUUCCAAAAACAUCUCUUUCUGGCUUAUAAUAACAUAGAGUAACAUCGAGAAUAAGCCUAAUCUGACUACUCUAAUCAGUACCUUCCAGUUAUUUGCGGCUAUGAACCAGCCUUCUUUUGUAAUACUCUUGUUCCAAGCAGGGGUCAUCUGGGAAUUCAUCAAACGAAAGGUCAAGAUACCUUCAAAGCAUUGCUAAUCUCUGAAAAUACUCAUUAUUCAGCCCUUGUAGCUCCUAUGAAGCCAUUAUUUCCACUACUGAACACCAAAAGCAAAGUUCUAAAAUUUCAGGCUUAAAAAUCUCCUUGGAAUCUAAGUUCAGAGAUUUGAGUUUUUGAAGUGUAAAAUUGCUGAAAAGCACUUUGGC